GGGCUCCUCGUGUGCGCCUUUUGGAUCCCGGACUCGCGCGGGAUGCCCCACGUCAUCCGGAUCGGAGGAAUCUUUGAGUAUGCAGACGGUCCCAACGCCCAGGUCAUGAACGCUGAGGAGCAUGCCUUUCGAUUUUCUGCCAACAUCAUCAACAGGAACCGGACUCUGCUGCCCAACACUACCUUGACCUAUGACAUCCAGAGGAUUCACUUCCACGAUAGCUUUGAAGCCACCAAGAAGGCCUGUGACCAGCUGGCGCUGGGCGUGGUGGCGAUCUUCGGGCCAUCACAGGGCUCCUGCACCAACGCCGUCCAGUCCAUCUGCAAUGCCCUGGAGGUGCCCCACAUCCAGCUGCGCUGGAAGCACCACCCGCUGGACAACAAGGACACCUUCUACGUGAACCUCUAUCCUGACUACGCCUCUCUCAGCCACGCCAUCCUUGACCUGGUUCAGUACCUCAAGUGGCGGUCGGCCACCGUGGUCUAUGAUGACAGUACAGGGCUCAUCCGACUGCAGGAGCUCAUCAUGGCCCCUUCGAGAUACAACAUCCGCCUGAAGAUCCGCCAGCUGCCCCUGGACUCUGACGACUCACGCCCGCUGCUCAAGGAGAUGAAGCGCGGCCGGGAAUUCCGCAUCAUCUUCGACUGCAGCCACACCAUGGCUGCCCAGAUCCUCAAGCAGGCCAUGGCCAUGGGCAUGAUGACCGAAUACUACCACUUCAUAUUCACCACUCUGGAUCUUUAUGCGCUAGACCUGGAGCCCUACCGCUACUCGGGGGUGAAUCUGACAGGGUUCCGGAUCCUCAAUGUGGACAACCCCCAUGUCUCGGCCAUCGUGGAGAAGUGGUCCAUGGAGCGGCUACAGGCAGCCCCCCGGGCCGAGUCCGGGCUGCUGGACGGAGUGAUGAUGACCGACGCCGCCUUGCUGUAUGAUGCCGUGCACAUCGUGUCCGUGUGCUACCAGCGGGCACCCCAGAUGACCGUGAAUUCCCUGCAGUGCCACCGGCACAAGGCAUGGCGCUUCGGCGGCCGCUUCAUGAAUUUCAUCAAGGAGGCUCAAUGGGAAGGAUUAACUGGACGGAUUGUUUUCAACAAAACCAGUGGCUUACGGACCGAUUUCGAUCUGGACAUCAUUAGUCUGAAGGAGGACGGCCUGGAGAAGGUUGGGGUGUGGAGUCCUGCCGAGGGGCUCAAUAUCACAGAGGUCCCCAAAGGCCGAGGCCCUAACGUCACCGACUCUCUGACAAAUCGGUCACUCGUUGUCACCACAGUGCUGGAGGAGCCCUUUGUCAUGUUCCGGAAGUCCGACAGGACCCUGUUUGGGAAUGACCGGUUUGAGGGCUACUGCAUCGACCUGCUCAAGGAACUGGCCCACAUCCUGGGCUUCUCUUACGAGAUCCGGCUGGUGGAGGACGGCAAGUACGGGGCGCAGGACGACAAGGGCCAGUGGAACGGCAUGAUCAAGGAGCUCAUUGACCAUAAGGCGGACCUGGCCGUGGCCCCCCUGACCAUCACCCAUGUGCGCGAGAAGGCCAUUGACUUCUCCAAGCCCUUCAUGACGCUCGGUGUCAGCAUCCUCUAUCGCAAGCCCAACGGCACCAACCCCAGUGUCUUCUCCUUCCUCAACCCCCUGUCCCCUGACAUCUGGAUGUAUGUGCUGCUCGCCUACCUGGGUGUCAGCUGUGUCCUCUUUGUCAUCGCCAGGUUCAGCCCUUACGAGUGGUACGAUGCUCACCCCUGCAACCCUGGCUCCGAGGUGGUGGAAAACAACUUCACUCUGCUGAACAGCUUCUGGUUCGGAAUGGGGUCCCUGAUGCAGCAAGGGUCUGAACUGAUGCCCAAAGCCCUGUCCACGCGCAUCAUCGGUGGCAUCUGGUGGUUCUUCACGCUCAUCAUCAUCUCCUCCUACACGGCCAACCUGGCCGCCUUUCUGACCGUGGAGCGCAUGGAAUCACCCAUCGACUCUGCGGAUGACCUGGCCAAGCAAACCAAAAUCGAGUAUGGGGCAGUCAAGGACGGGGCCACCAUGACCUUCUUCAAGAAAUCCAAGAUCUCCACCUUCGAGAAGAUGUGGGCCUUCAUGAGCAGCAAGCCCUCGGCGCUGGUGAAGAACAACGAGGAGGGCAUCCAGAGGACGCUGACCGCCGACUACGCGCUGCUCAUGGAGUCCACCACCAUCGAGUAUGUCACCCAGAGGAACUGCAACCUCACCCAGAUUGGGGGCCUCAUCGACUCCAAGGGCUACGGCAUCGGCACGCCCAUGGGCUCCCCGUACCGGGACAAGAUCACCAUCGCCAUCCUGCAGCUGCAGGAGGAGGACAAGCUGCACAUCAUGAAGGAGAAGUGGUGGCGGGGCAGCGGGUGUCCCGAGGAGGAGAACAAAGAGGCCAGCGCCCUGGGGAUCCAGAAGAUCGGGGGCAUCUUCAUCGUCCUGGCCGCCGGGCUGGUUCUGUCAGUGCUGGUGGCCGUGGGCGAGUUUGUGUACAAGCUCCGCAAAACAGCAGAGCGAGAGCAGCGUUCCUUCUGCAGCACGGUGGCCGACGAGAUCCGUUUCGCCCUCACCUGCCAACGUCGGGUCAAGCACAAGCCCCAGCCUCCCAUGAUGGUCAAGACUGAUGCCGUCAUCAACAUGCACACGUUCAAUGACCGCCGGCUUCCGGGCAAGGACAGCAUGACCUGCAGCACAUCACUGGCCCCCGUUUUCCCCUGAGCACCGGUAGGGUGGGGACCGCAGGCCUGGGGGCAGGGUGGAGGAAAGCAAAGGAGACUGGAAGGCACGUCCCUGUCCCCACACUGGGCUUGGGGACCAGAGCUGCUGCCUGCCUAUGGGGCCAAGAGCCCUCUGCCCUCACCUACUGGGAAACCAGCAGGCCCCCAGGCCAGCUGCUUGAGCUUCAUCUCGUCUUGUUUCUUCUGUGGGUUUCUAAAGCUGCCAGCCGAGACAGCCAAGGCCAAAGGAAGCACAUGCCUCUCUCAGGCCACGCUCACCUGCGCCUCCACCUUCCUCCACAGUCACAAGUUUCUGCCACGGCCCUGCAGGGGCCAGAGAAAAUAGCUCUUUUAUUGCCACUCCUUCCCCAUCAGCCCAGUUCUCCUGGGGCUUGACUAUGAGACCAGAGACACACACCCUGGACAUGGCAGGGGUGUUCUCAUUUGGCUGACAGUGGGACAGUGGGAGCUACAGACAGAGGAUGGCCAUCCGCAUGCCUGGGCAGAGGGAAGACCUCAUCCCCCCGGGGGCUGCUCACAGGCUUCUGAAUUCCUGGAUUUGGCACCAACCAUGGUAGCCCCUGUUUGGGCAAAGUUGAACGCAGAGAGCCCCAUAGGGGAAAAGAGGAGUUUGGGGUCUGGGAGAGGCUGCCAUUUUGAAUUCUACGGUCAAUGUCUAAUGGUCACACUUCUUUAGGAGAGAGGGGGAAGAGUCGAAGCAAACUCUUCUCCACUUUCUGGCCAGAGGAGAGACAACCCCCUGAAACUCUCAAAAAAGACACCCAGAGACUCAGCCAACAUUUGAGGCCCAGAGGAACAGUGGGUUCCAUGGAAAUCCCAUAGGCCUUCACGUCAUGGGAUCUUAUUUUGCUGGUUACCAAGCUGCUUUUCAGACCCUGAUGGCAUGAGGGAGCUUGGGCUGUUUGCCGUCCACUCAUCAGCAACUCCCCAUUGCUGGCCGGUUGGCCUUAAGAUCCUUCGUCAUCCUGGGAGAAGAGUAGCCUAGAUCAAAGUGAAAGUCGAUUCACCCUUCCUCAAAAGAGGGGCCCAGGUCCCAGGCACAGGCUAACUUUGUGGUAGAUGGGAAAACUAGAAGGGCCCUAAAGAACUCCCGGCCUCCUGGUCUUGCCAAACCUAAAGAUACCCCCCAAAAAAUGAAGUUUUAGGGGGCAGGAUAUCAUGGCUGGUAGAGGCUCUAAAGGUGGGAAGAUAGAAGCUGCCUCUUGGAGAAUUAACCAAAGACCCCAAACAAAGACACAAGGUCAUCCUGGAGCCUGGUCUCUUGUCCAGAGCAGCUGGGACCUUGUAGGGCUUGGGGACUCGGCAGAGGAGUAGUAGCAGGCGGGGUACCAGUGAGGGGUAGACCAGAUGGCCUGUAGGUUCCAGCCAGCUGUGAUGUAUGUUCUAGAGGUCUGUGACUUCAAGCGUCUGGGGAAAGAAUGCGACAUGGAAGGUUUAGGAGCAAAGUGUCCUUAAAGAGAACCUGAUAGGGCCAGUAGGGCUUCCCACCGCCAAGGGCAAAGGGCAUUCUCCCAGCAGGGGAUGAGGACUGAAUCUGGACGGGGACCCAGAGGCACCAGCCACCCGCUCCCACCUCUCUCCUGUUUCUGCUUGAGGAGCCUGGUUAGGGAGGAGCUACAUUUAGGUCUCAAGGACCUUCUCAGCUGGGGGAAAGGGUAAGCUCUAGCUCCCCCAGGGACUUCCAAAGCAGCAGAGCACAGUGGGCUCAUGUGACAAGUACUGCCCCUCCUACAAAUCAGAGCCGCUCCAGCAGGCUGUGUGCACGGGAGGUAGAAGAGGCCGGACAUGCAAUGUAGCCAACACAUGUAACAAUAGGAAAAGCCAUGCUGUCAUGAGCUCCUGGGUGCAAGAGUAUGUGGUGCAUAUAUGUGUAUCUGUGUCUUUGUAUGUGUGAGUUUUGGGGGCUGGGGGAGAAGGACAGAUUUGGACAUAUAUAGAGUCCAGGGCAUGCAAUAAUAGGGAAUCCUUUGGGUUCUGGUGUGUGUGUGUGUGUGUGUACACACGUGUCAUGUGUGUGAAUUGAGAAUGAAGGAGACAAUUCUGGACAAGCAGCAGAGCUCCAUACAUGUAAAAAUAGGAGAAGCCAUGUCAUAAUGAGGUGCUGGUGAAUAUAUAUAUAUAUACACACACACACAAUUGUGUGUGUAUCUGCAUGUGCAUUUGUGCACCAAUGGCAGAGGAUAGAAGACAGAAUAAAACCUGCAGCAUUGCCAAAUAUGUCUUAAAGGAGAAGCCAUGUCAUCAAGGGAUCCACAUGUGAGCAUGUGUGCACAAGUGUGUGUGGGCUCAUGUGUGCAGCAGAGUGGGAGAGAGGACAGAACCAGACAGACAUGCAGCAAGGUUCAUGCAUGUCAUGUGUGAGAAGCCCUGAGGAACUGGAGUUUGUGAGUGUGUGUAUGCUCACAUGCGUGUUCAAGCACACACAUGUUACAGCUCACUACAGGAGCAGAGAUGGACAAUCAGGAAGGCAGAGAACCAGGGUCUGUUGGCACUUCUGUAGUGAGGAGAGAUCUUUUGUCACAAGAUUUGCAAGUCUGUCUAGGCAUAGGCACAGGGAGACUGUCAGGCAUGGGCACAGGGAGACUGUCAGGCAUGGGCACGGGGAGACUGUCAGGCACGGGCACGAGGAGACUGUCAGGCAUGGGCACAGGGAGACUGUCAGGCAUGGGCACAGGGAGACUGUCAGGCAUGGGCACAGGGAGACUGUCAGGCAUGGGCACAGGGAGACUGUCAGGCAUGGGCACAGGGAGACUGUCAGGCAUGGGCACAGGGAGACUGUCAGGCAUGGGCACAGGGAGACUGUCAGGCAUGGGCACAGGGAGACUGUCAGGCAUGGGCACAGGGAGACUGUCAGGCAUGGGCACAGGGAGACUGUCAGGCAUGGGCACAGGGAGACUGUCAGGCAUGGGCACAGGGAGACUGUCAGGCAUGGGCACAGGGAGACUGUCAGGCAUGGGCACAGGGAGACUGUCAGGCAUGGGCACAGGGAGACUGUCAGGCAUGGGCACAGGGAGACUGUCAGGCAUGGGCACAGGGAGACUGUCAGGCAUGGGCACAGGGAGACUGUCAGGCAUGGGCACAGGGAGACUGUCAGGCAUGGGCACAGGGAGACUGUCAGGCAUGGGCACAGGGAGACUGUCAGGCACGGGCACAGGGAGACUGUCAGGCAUGGGCACAGGGAGACUGUCAGGCACAGGGAGACUGUCAGGCAUGAGCACAGGGAGACUGUCAGGCAUAGGCACAAGUCGGGGCAAAGCACUUAGGAGCUUGUGGCUGGUGACUUCGUUGCUCCAGGCAGAGUGCACUGUUUGAAGGGGAAAAUGCCAUAUAUUUGCAAUUUCCAGGUGACAGGAUUCUAAUGAAUGCAUUUGCCCAUUUGUUCUCACCAACCACAGAUACUAACCACUGUCCUUCUUCAUCCAGUACCAUUUCUUGGCACACACCCACAUCCAUGCUCAUAUCACACACACAUGUGUGUGCUAUUGUGUAUAACACUCCAUGGACAUGUCAUGUUUUUCUGAGGCUCUGCAUAUAGACAGACUGAUGAGAGAAAGAAAAGGAAGGGCAUGAGUAGAAAGACUUUUCAUCAAAUGAGUGAAGAAUGGUGGAUCGCAGAGGUACUAUUCAGUGAGGGAAGUCCCCCAAGAUACUGAAAUGAUUUGGGGGCUCCAAAACAGAAAUGGGAUGACAUGCUGCGUGAUCUUUCUCCACAUUCCAGCUUCUGUCCAUAUAUGUGGCUCAUGUUCAAUGUCUAGCUGAUGUCCUAUGUUUGUCUUCAAGACCAGCCCAGGGUUCCAAGUGCAGUGGAAACCACUUCUGCCCAAGUGUGAGCUGUGUCUCUUGAGGACUCCAGGUUCCACUACGUCUGGAGGAGUGGGGUGGGAGAAGGUCUUCCCAGCAAGGGGGAUCCUGUGGAACUCAAGUUUAGGCCGGCCUGCCAGUGGGGUGGACUGAGCCACAGCGGGUGCACAUGGGCACAUGCAUAGAGGUGCUGGUGUGGGGGGCUGGGAGAGAUGGGGAGUGUAAAUGCUGAUUUAGAUGGAGCAGAAGGUGGGACUUGCCUGAGCAGGUUCUAGACUGUGCCUGCCUGGCCCCACAUGCUGGCCCUAAAAAGAAGAGUGCCCCACCUUCCACCCCUAUCCCCAACCUCACACCAGUGCCUCCUCUCAACCUGCUCUAAGUGGCCAAACUAAGGGCAGCAGUGAGGGGACACACACAAUAAGCCCUCCUUAUCUCUCUCUCCCCCUGACCUGUCACUGGUCUUUGCUGGGACAUAGCUCAGACCCCCAUCACAGCCUAAACUCCACCUGGCUCAUGCUGGCUCCCUCCUGGGCAGAGGAAGGGGUCUCUAGCACCAUUAGGUGAAGACUCCAACUGGCUAGAAGUCACUCCCCCUCUCUAAGCUCUCACAGGGCGGAAGUCAGAACAGGACAGUCAGAAGUCCCCCCUGCCUUCUUUUCCAGGGGGUGCUAUGUGUGGGUCUGCUGCUGCUUCUCACCACUCAGCAUGAAGCAGAUCCCUCCCCGAGCCACCCCAGCUAUACACACAAACAUCUGGAAACAGGCCAGACUCUGGCCCCCAUCUGGAAUGGUCUUGUGUGGAGCACCAUCUGGGAAGGACCUAGCUCUGGUCAAACAGCUGUAUGGACUUAACAUCUGGGACUGGCCCAGCCCCCUAGACAGAUGCAGAAAAUGAGCCCAAUCUUGUAGACAGGUCUCCAGAAUAGACACAUCUGGAACAGUUUCCCAAGGGGGGUGGACACAUCUGGAAUGGGCCCAGCCGUGUGGCAUGGUGGAAGGGUCCUGUCCUCUGUCCCCAUGCCGGUUUGAAUCAAGCCUUCAUUCCAGUCCAGCUUUUGCCCUGGAGUUAAAAUUUCAGAGCUGAGGCCAUAUGUGACGUCACAAAACUGUUUUUGGUAGAAGGUGAAUGUUCUGUACAAUAUAUAUAUGAAUGUAAAAAGAUAUAUAUAUGCUGUAUAUAUAUGUGUGUAUAUAUAUAUAUGCACAGUGUAUAUAUGACCUGUAGCCCAUGUGUAUAUGCACUCCUCCCUGCACGUCUGCACACAGAGUGUACAUAACCCAGCCAGUAUGGGUGGGACCAGGUGAGAGAUGGGGGCUACAGCAGCAAAGUCUGGGACAGAGGCACCCUGGGCCAGGGAUGCAGAGAGCCUGGUGGGGGUGGAGCAAGCCCUGAGGCAGACCCUGAGGAAGAGGGGGAACCCUGGAGGCUGGAGGAUGGACCCUUGCAUAGCAGGUGCCUCCUUGGGAGGAACGGGUGGGGGAGGAGCCUUGUCUCCCUCCGAGUGUCAGAAGCAGAACAGCAGGGCCUGUGACGUGGGAGCGAUGUCACGCCAGUACCGGGCUCCCGAGACCUGCUCUAAUGCCUGUCUGCACAAUUGGCAGGCAGAUGUCAGGUUCCACCUGGAACAUCCUCAGAGGCCUCUGUCGCCCACUCUCACCCGCACACCAGGCACAGCUUGUGGCUAGGGAAACGCUUUUUAAAGAGAAUGGCCAGCAUGCCAGUAUGGUGUCCCGAUGCCCUCGUGAUUGACCUGCCCCCGUUCCCUGCUUUCUAGGACGGACCUCAAGUCACCCCGCAGUGUGUCUCUACUUUACAGAUCAAAGCUCUGAGGCCUCUGGUGCGGGGAAGCAGCUGUAGGCCCAGUGAGUGACCCCAGUUAAGAGUGUGUCCCACCUCAGAUAACCUCCCAGCUCCAUUUGACCCAGAGGCCAGCUUCAGGGAGAGACUGGGGAGCUGGAGAUGUGAGCAGAGAUGUGAGCAGGACAGUGACAUGGGCAAAAAAUGAGAAACCAACAAGGCACUUCCUGUCCCAUCAGGGCCCACGCCAACUGUCUGCCUUCUCUCCCCUGCAGCACCACCCCCAGCAGGGCGGUUGGCAGAGAGCCCCUGGAAGAAGAUGCAGACCUCCACCCCUGCCCCUCGCACAUCUGUCUGUUCUUUGCAAUUCUGAUCCCUUAGCUAGUGGUCCUGCCCUGUCACGGCCAGAGCAUCUCUGGAGCAUGCAGGCGAGAGAGAUCGGAGUGGGCUUCUGUGUGGCCAGUGGCCUGCCCUCUGCUUCGGCCCCAUGGGUCAGGCUGGUCUGCACUUAACUCUGGGUCUGCCCAGGGGUCCUGGACAGAGCACAUCUGCACCCAGCCCCCUGAGGAAGGGCCUGUCACUGUGCUCCAAACCCCCUCCCCAUCUCUGCCUGGCUGGGCCUCCCAUGAUGGGGACUUGGGUUCCCGGCCCCUGGGCUGAGCCCCCAGCCAGCACCAUGCAAGACCCCUGGCCCGUCCCAGCACCCAGACCGGAGUGCCUGGACGCCCCCGCUCCCACACAACAUGGUUCCCACACACUGGUCUCUGGGCCAUUCAGGGGAUGCCCUUUGUGGACAUGCAGAAUUUCUAUGAAUAUAGUUUUUUGUAAACAUUUUGUAACAAUUUGGGUUUCAUAGUAACUGUGUUACUUGCCAAUCAUUCUAGGCUAAUGUAAAUAAAUUUCCAAACAAAUCCGAUUAUUUUCCUUUUUAAGACACUGUGAUAUAUCAAAGUGCACAGUUUGCUGUAUGAAGUAAUAUGGUUUUAAAUUUUAAAUAAAGAAAUGUUUCUAGAAAA